AUUGUUAUUAAGAGCUUCCGCCACUGCUAUUCUCGUGAAGCCUUCAUCGUUUUCCUAUGUUUUAUACAGCGGCGGAUUAACUCAGAAUUCAUACAGAAUGGCCGCCGCUACCGAGAAAUCUCCAUUACUUCCUCAGGCUUCGAAUUAGAGCGCAACCCAAUUGGAGACUAUUUAUCCUUGCUUUCUAUCGUUGGGAGGAAGGCACGAUUUAUAUGGGCACUGCUCCCGUUGGAGCUAGUGAUGAAUGGUAUUAGAUCUCUCACCCAAUUGGCUCCCUUUAGUAUUUUUGCAGACAUUGUGAAUGUUUCUGCAAUGCUGACUGUGAUGGGUGAAGAUGUUAUGUCCAUUGUAAGGAGCGUGGGUCCUCAUGUUGAGGCCUUCACUGGCUUGGCCAACAUUCCUUAUGGAGUGGGUGUUGCUGUCUAUGCAUUUGAGGGGGUAACCAUGAUUCUGCCCCUUGAAUUGGAGAUGGAGAGGAAACAUAGAUUUGGUGGUAUCUUGGGCCUUGCAUUUGUUUUCAUAUCUUGCAUUUAUGGGGGUUUUGGAACACUUGGUUAUCUUGCUUUUGGAAGUGAGACCAAGGAUAUUGUCACUUUUAAUUUGGGGAAGAGUUUGAUAGUAGAUUUUGUUCAGCUUGCACUGUGCCUGAACCUUUUCAUCACAUUCCCACUGAUGAUGAAUCCUGUUUAUGAGGUCGUAGAAGGAAGGUUUAACAGGGGAGCAUUUUCUUUCUUCAUCAGAUCUGUGGCGGUUUUAUUCAUAACAUUGAUAGCACUUCUAGUUCCUUCUUUCACAGAUUUUUUGUCCCUGAUUGGAAGCAGCAUUGGUUCGAUUUUGGGUUUCAUAUUGCCUGCCCUCUUUCAUUUGCAUGCUUGUUCCCAUGAGUCCUCUUCUGUACAGAUCUUUGCAGACAUCGCGCUUAUUGUUUUUGGAAUUGUCUUUGGUGUUGGUGGGAGCAUUUCGUCCAUGUUUCAAAUCUGUAAAAAUUAAAUCUUUGUUAUCAAGAUUUAAAUUGUAUAAUUUCCAACCCUACUGGCCAAGGAGCUGUUAUUAAUCAAUUCUUUCACGUGUGGAACAGAGAAGUACCGCAUUGGAAAGGUUUUAUAAUCAAUGAUGAUACUGUCUUAUUGAUUA